AUGCAGGAGGAUGCCGAGGAUCGACCAUUCGGAGGAAAGGCUCGCCAGCACCUCAUCCGCACGCUGGCGGCCAUCCUGCCAAUCGCCGUCGAGCCACCACACCUGCCCACUGGGCCUGGUCCAUCAUUGCCGUUCCAACUGGAGCUCCACAGCGCGCCACUGGUCGAUCAGGGCCCUCAGGGCCUUUCCACACCCUCUGGGACUGCCAGGGAUUAA